AUGUCAGACGAAGGGGAUCCAGCAGGAAACCGAGAGGAUGAACAUCCUCUGAUUGAUGCCGAUGAAGAUGAAGGUGUCGGUGAUUUAGACAACAUAUCCACUGCUUCAUUACGGUCGAGCUUCCUGCAACCUGUUUACUCUCAUGGCAGGCGCUAUCAAAGCUAUAGAGAUGGUGAAUACCACCGACCAAACGACGAAGUGAGUCUGCUCUGCUAUAUGACUGACGGAAUCUCGUGUCUCAAGACGUUACAGGAAGAACUCAGACGUCUUGACUGGAUGGACGAAAUAUUCUUUCUGAUCAACAAGCGCAAGCUGCAUCUCGCGCCCGUUGGCCACGGCAGCCUGAGGGUUCUUGACAUCGGCUUUGGCACCGGGAUGUGGGCGAUGGCCAUGGGCGACAAGUAUCCUCAGGCCGAAAUCAUCGGCGUCGACAUCAGCGCCUCAGCUCCCGAAUGGGUGCCUCCGAACACGAGGUUUGAGAUUGCUGACAUCGAGGACGAAUGGACCUUCAGUGCUCCCUUUGACUACAUCCACUGCAGGUACAUGGCAGGCGCCAUCAGGGACUGGCCACAGCUCAUGCGUCGGACCUUUGAGAACCUCAAACCAGGAGCUUGGGCUGAGUUUGCUGAUCUCGAAAUCGACUAUUACAGCCAAGACGGCACCCUGACUGAAGACGACGCCAUCCCACGUUGGAUCAAACUCGCCACUCAAGGCAUGGAAGAUUUGGGCCGCACCUUGAGACCUGGCAGACGACUUGAAGGCUGGGUGAGGGAUGCUGGGUUCGUGAAUGUGAACGUUGUGCGCAGCCCAGUCCCCGUGGGACCCUGGCCUAAGAACAAGGACUUGAAACAAAUCGGCCUUCUCAACGUCGUCCAGCUUUCCGAAGGACUCACGGGCCUCAAUGUCCGCCUCUUCUGCGACUUUCUGGGUUGGACCCGACCAGAGUUGGACAUUCUCAUGAUGGAGGUCCGCAACGACUUUAAAAACCCGGCGAUCCAUAGUAUAUAUGACAUGUAA